AACCCCGCGCCAUCAGAUGAGCGAUGAUGAAGUGAAAGACACACAAGAUGGCGACGAUCGGCGGAUAGACAAACAUUCACGUAAACACUCGAACGACUCGACCCGUUUUGCGCCAAUCCGAGCUAUAACCGCGAUCUGAACACGGUUAAACGCGACAGCGGUUCACGCGAGCGUCUGAGGAUCAUGAGGCCGAGAGCGCGGCUGUUGUUCGGCUCGGUCGCGAUCGUCUGAGGCUCGGCUCAUUCUGAGGGUUAACGCUAGCCGCUUUCCCGAGUUUGAGAUGAGCGAUAGGAGAGAUUAGAGCACGCGGGUGUUCGCUGGUUUCGUGAUAUAAACCGUGAUAUAAAUCGGAUCCGGGCUUUGUGUGGUUAAUAGCGAGCUAACUAGUAGCGUCCGGAUGACUGGUACCCGGCUGCGUGGAUGUGAGCGGAGUCAGUGCUAGUUUUCUGGGCUAACUAUGCGUCAGGACUGCUAGAGUUGGUUAAGCGCGUUAGGUUCGGUUAGUGCGGUAAAGAUGAGUGACACCCGGCGGCGGGUGAAGGUGUACACGCUGAACGAGGAGCGGCAGUGGGAAGACCGGGGCACGGGACAUGUGUCCUCCGCGUACACGGAGACUCUGAAGGGGACAGCGCUCACGGUCACCGCCGAGGCGGACGGGUCUCUGUUGCUGGAGUCCAAGAUCAACCCCAACACCGCGUAUCAGAAGCAGCAGGACACGCUCAUCGUCUGGUCCGAAGCGGAGAACUACGACCUGGCUCUGAGUUUCCAGGAGAAAGCGGGCUGUGAUGAGAUCUGGGAGAAGAUCUGUCAGGUGCAGGGCAAAGACCCGUCCGUGGAGAUCACGCAGGACCCCAUCGACGAGUCCGAGGAGGAGCGAUUCGAGGAGAUGCCGGAGACCGGCCACCUGGUGGAGCUGCCGCCCUGCGAGCCGGGCCGUCUGGAGGAGAUCGCCGAGCUGGUGACGUCCGUGCUGUCGUCGCCCAUCCGGCGGGAGAAGCUGGCGAUCGCCCUGGUCAGCACGAGCUACAUCAAGAAGCUGCUGCAGCUCUUCAGGACGUGCGAGGAGGCGGACGACCGCGAGGGCCUGCACCACCUGUACGAGAUCGUGCGCGGCGUGCUCUUCCUCAACAAGGCCACGCUGUUCGAGGUGAUGUUCGCCGACGACUGCAUCAUGGACGUGGUGGGCUGUCUGGAGUACGACCCGGCGCUGCUCCAGCCCAAGAGGCACCGCGAGUUCCUCACCAAGACGGCCAAGUUCAAAGAGGUGAUUCCCAUCACGGACUCGGAGCUCCGGCAGAAGAUCCACCAGACGUACCGCGUGCAGUACAUCCAGGACAUCAUCCUGCCCACGCAGUCCGUCUUCGAGGAGAACUUCCUGUCCACGCUGUCGUCCUUCAUCUUCUUCAAUAAAGUGGAGAUCGUCAGCAUGCUGCAGGAGGAUGAGAAGUUCCUGACAGAGGUGUUUGCUCAACUCACAGAUGAAGCCACGGAGGACAGCAAGAGGAGAGAGCUGGUGAACUUCUUCAAGGAGUUUUGUGCUUUCUCACAAACGCUGCAGCCACAGAACAGAGACGCCUUCUUCAAGACGCUGGCCAGUCUGGGCAUUUUACCGGCGCUGGAGAUCGUGAUGGGCAUGGACGACGUCCAGGUGAAGGCCGCGGCCACCGACAUCUUCUCCUACCUGGUGGAGUUCAGUCCGUCUAUGGUGCGCGAGUUCGUCAUGCAGGAGCCGCAGCAGGCCGACGACGACGUCCUGCUGAUUAACGUGGUGAUCAAGCAGAUGAUCUGUGAUUCGGACCCGGAGCUCGGCGGGGCUGUGCAGCUCAUGGGGCUCCUGAGGACCCUCAUCGACCCCGAGAACAUGCUCUCUCCGACCAGCAAAACGGAGAAGAGCGAGUUUCUGAGUUUCUUCUACAAGUACUGUAUGCACGUGCUGACGGCUCCACUGCUGGCCAACACCGCUGAGGAGGACCAAGGUGAGACACGCUUCUGCACAACUGCAGCAAUGAGCCGUAUGCACGUGCACAGUAUGAGCGAACGUGUCUGUUUGUUCACAGAUCUCACAGAGGGAGCGGCUAAAGUCAACCCCGUGUGUCCAGAUAACUUCCAGACGGCGCAGCUGCUGGCUCUGAUCCUGGAGCUGCUGACCUUCUGCGUGGAGCAUCACACGUACCACAUCAAGAACUACAUCAUGACUAAAGACCUGCUGAGGAGAGUGCUGACGCUCAUGAACUCCAAACACACCUUCCUGGCGCUCUGUGCGCUGCGCUUCAUGAGGAGAAUCAUCGGGCUGAAGGAUGAAUAUUACAACCGCUACAUCAUGAAAGGAAACCUGUUUGAGCCGGUCAUCAACGCGCUGCUGGACAACGGCACCAGAUACAACCUCCUGAACUCGGCCAUCAUCGAGCUCUUCGAGUUCAUCAAAGUGGAGGACAUCAAGUCUCUGAUCGCGCACAUCGUGGAUAACUUCUACAAGGCGCUGGAGUCCAUCGAGUACGUGCAGACGUUCAAGGGUCUGAAGGGCCGCUACGAGCAGGAGAAGGAGCGGCAGAGCCGAGGCCUCAGCAGGUAUCGCAGGGACGCCCGCUCCUUUGAGGAGGACGAAGACAUGUGGCUGAAUGAAGAUGAGGAAGAGGAGGAUGUCGCUGACGCAGGCCUGGACAAAUGCAAGAGCGACUACGGGAAGUUCAUGGAGAGUGAGAAAGUUAAGGAGAGUCAGGAUAAGGAGAAUCAGCCCAAGCGGACGACGAGCGGCAGCUUCAAGUUCACGUUCUCUCAUUCGGCGGGAGCGGCCAACGCAGCUAACGGCUCCAAACCUCCACCCUCCGCUUCCUCCAGCGGCGCCAAACCUGCAGCGCCGCCUUCAGGCCAGACGGCCCGGACCGGACUGGUGGGGCUGGUGGAUUACCCCGAUGAUGAAGACGAGGAGGAGAACGACGAGGAGGAGCAGUCGCCGCGCAAGAGGCCUCGUCUGGGCUCGUAAACGAACGCUUCCUGCCGUCUGACGGUAGCGCUGUGCCCCACCCCACCUGAACCCGAGGAGCUCGGCAGUUUCCUUUCCAGUGAGCCAAUCGCAGCGGCGGCAGCGGUCGUGCGGCGGGGGCCGAUGGGAGUUUGCGCAGGCUAGCGGGACUAGCCGCACUAGCGAAGCUGGAUUGGCUCAGACUCUGGACUGAAGUUCAGCGACGUCUGCGGAUGUGGCUGUUUCCUUUUCUAAUAAUUUCUUCUGGACGUUUGUGAUUUUUAAUGAUUGACAGGAGAUCUCGCCGUGUGGCGUUUGGUGCGCGACGAGACCGUUAUUAACCUUUGUAAUCAGACGUCUGUAAUUCAGGCUAGAAGGUGCAGCGAUGCUGGGUUUUAAAUUGCAGUAAAUGUUUUGAUUUGUGUGACGUGUGGGACGUCACCACGCUCCUCAGGACUGAUCCGAGAUCAGCUUUGGGCUCUCGUGUUGUCUCAAGCGAAGCCGAUCGGACUCGACGGGCACAACUUUCAGAUGGUUGGAUUAAAUAUUAAAAGCUGUUUUUGUUUUCCCCCUAAUUUUUGUACACUUUCCUACUAGCACCAUCUCCGUUAAAGAGCAUUUGUAUAAAUUUGAUAUUUUUUACAAUUUUCAGAUUAAAUUUGGUCCUGCAAUUAAACAGGGUUGUUCAUUGUUUGAAUGAGCUUUUACUGAUUAGUUCUGAAAACACAGGCACAGUUCAGCAGAAGCUUCAUCUGUUAUGAUGAGAUGAUCUUCAUCUCAGGAUGUAAGAGGUGUGAUUAAUCGAACACCCAUGUCAGGUCUUGGGCUGUGUCUAAAAUCACCCCUGUACCCUAAACUAGGGCACUGUUUGAGGGACAGACAUUUGUAGCACUGUCCAGUAAAUGUUGUCAAUAGCUGAAUAAAUUCCUGCAUUUCACCAAAAGAUGGCGCCAGCCGCUGAAUUGCCAGUCCAUGAGCACAGUGUAAUAUCAAACUUUUCUUUUUUAUUGAUAAUUAAAUAGUUCAAGAUUUAUAUGUAGUUUGCAUGACAGAGUUCAAGAUUGAUUUGUUAAUUACCAUGUUUGCUAAGUUCCUUAUGGUUAUUAAAGGGGUGCUGUUAUGCUUUUU